AUGAAAAACUUAUUGUCUUCUUGCUGGGGUGUUGCCGGCGGGGCUGAGAGUAUGGCUGCAAAACGGGAUGACGACAACGAUGGUUGUCGGAAGGAGCAAUCGGUAGCACGGUGGCAACCAGCUCUUCUCCCCAUUUCUGAAAAUGAAACUCUCAAGGCUGCAAAGAAACUAGCCCGCAGCCAUAGAGUUCAAUGCAAACCCAUGAAAACCUGCACCAAAUUAACUAAGUCGCAAGCUUCAAGUCGAGGGAAAAAUCAAGGGCUGCAAAUUCUGGGAGCAGGCAUUCUUCUCUUUCCACCCGCAAUGAUUAUCAUCUAA